AUGACUGCAGGGACUGCCACUGCUACCGCAGCAGUUGGAGGACAGGUGUCAAUAGCGUCCGGCAAUGGCGGUGGUGGCGGUGGAGCAGUGACGAUCCAAGGCGGGACAACUAGCACCAGUAGCGGUGCUGGGGCUGGUGGGUCUAUCACGAUAUCAAGCGGUACUAGUUCCUCUGCAGCGGCUAGUGGGGAUGUAUUCAUCUCCUCUGCUGCGAAGUCCGUGCCUGGAGCGAGCGGUGAAGUCUCGUUAAAGACAGGAUCUGUGACGUCUGGAAACAGUGGUUCUAUAUCAAUUUCUUCGGGAGCUUCUUCUAGUGGUACUGGUGGAGCUAUCACCGUUUCCGUUGGUGCAGGAACGACAACGGGUGGAGUUGGUGGGGUCUUAAGUCUAUCUGCUGGCCAAAGUAGCGGCGGAAUUGGUGGCGACGCAACUAUGACUGCAGGUGGCGGGGCCAUCGGAGGCAAGGUCACGCUUAACGGUGGCCCUGGAACCACAGGUGGCGGAGGUUCUGUCGCGAUAACUAGUGGAACCAGCUCAAGCAGUUCCAGUGGGUUGCUUCAAAUUGCGUCGGCCACUGGUGGAUCUGUUGGAAGCGGAGACGUGUCAUUUGGUUCUGGUACUGCGUCUGGUCCAACCGGAGCGCUAACGCUAUCUACAGGCACGUCGACCAACGGACUCGCUGGUAGCAUGGCGUUAACUGUUGGAUCGAGCAAAGCGGCUUCAGGUGGAAGCUGGACAGCCUCGGCAGGAUCGACUACAUUAGGCGAUGGAGGUGUUCUCACAAUUAAACGAAGAGUACAAAAAGAGACAGACGGCAAUGUUAGCAUCAAUGCUGGCAGCGGCGGCUCAGGAAACGGAGGUGGUAUUAGUCUUUCAAGUGGACUGAGCACUGGUACAGUAGGAGGCGCGAUAUCGCUAGAGACAGGUAUAGGUGCUUCGGGAUCUACAAGUGGUGCCAUCACACUGUCCUCUGGAACAGCGACAAAUGCUAAUAGCGGCGCUAUCAUGCUCAGUACAGGAGCCUCUAGUGGAGGCAUAGGAGGUGCAAUUGCCUUAUCGGUAGGAGCAGGCAACACGGGUGACGGUGGAGCUGUCAAAAUUGCUGCUGGCAAGACAACCUCGUCAAGUAGCAUUGGUGGUUCAGUUGAUUUGAAUGCUGGAGAUUCGACGUCCGGGACGGGUGGCUCUGUGCGUGCGUAUAUCGGUACUGGAUCGGCAGCUGAUGGUGGCUUCUACGUGAAGAAAGCCACGACUGGUGCUCCAGACCUUCUCAAGGUCACAGGCACUGAGUUGGCCGGCAAGAGCGUAGCUGUCGCUUUCACUUCAACGAGUUCUACGAUUCAGCUCACAUCGGCCUCGCAGGUCAUGAUCACGGGAACGUCGACGACUGUUUCGGGUGGUCCCCUCCAUGUCGACUCGCGUAAUUUCCGCGUAUCCAAGGAUGCAACAACAGACGUUCUGUAUGUGGACACUUCUGGUAGCGUCGUGAAUAUCCUCGCAGCGAAUGUCGUUGGGCAGUUGACGAUGAGUGCUGCACAGGCUUCGAUCGUUCACUCUCAGACCGGAUCUUCAGCCGCGCUCACAUUAUCGUCACCAAACCUGAAGUUUGACGGCGGUGAUGUCAUUUUUGUCGGCAGUGCUGUGACAACUGCGUCCCCUGCUCCAACUUCAGGCAGUGAGUGCACUGCAGGAACACUUCGAUAUGAUGCGAGCGCAAUCUACUUCUGCGGAACUGGUCAGGUGUGGAAGAAAAUCGGCUUGACGACAUACUAGGCAGGUUUAUUUACAUAUUGGUGCAUAUACUGCAAAAGAAAAACAAUG